GCGCGCUCCUGCUCCUGCGAGAUGGCAGGACGGUAGCGGAGACUCAGCAGAGGAUGAAGAGGACAUGAAGUGAGCUGAAGUCGCUCAGGACGGACUGCUCCUUACCUCGCAGACGGCGUCAUGCUGGAUCUUUCACGCCCCCUACUGGCCGCCUGCCUGUACCUGCUGCUGCCCUGCACCCAGAGCGGGAUAUUUGGGUACAACAACGGGUUUCACUACCAAAGCAACGGGAAUGGAAACGGAGAGAUAUAUUUCAAUGGGAUUCGUCUCCUUGUGGACUCGCCCCAGCCUUCGGUGUCGGCCACCCGGGGGAGCAGUGUCACCCUCCCCUGCCACUACCGCUACGAACCCGAGCUGAGCGCACCACGCAGGACCCGGGUCAAAUGGACCUGGUUGCCCGCCAACACUAUCACCACGAACGAAGCCUUCGCCGAGGAGACUCAAGUUAUGGUCGCCAUGGGCAAUCGUCAUCGCAGCUACGGCAGCUUCAAAGGCCGCGUGCGCUUGCGUCGCUCAGCUCCGGGGGACAUGUCCCUGGUGAUCAGUGAGCUGCAGCUGAAUGACACUGGGCGCUACCGCUGUGAAGUGAUCGAUGGCCUGGAGGACGUCAGCGUGACGGUGGAGCUGGAGCUGAGGGGUGUCGUAUUUCCCUAUUACGCUCAAAAAGGACGCUACCAUUUCAACUUCUUCGGAGCCCAACAAGCCUGCCUGGAUCAAGAUGGCACUCUGGCUACAUUUGAACAGCUCCUCACGGCGUGGGAGGAGGGGCUGGACUGGUGCAACGCUGGUUGGUUGGCCGAUGGCACAGUACAGUAUCCCAUCACGGUCCCGCGGCAUGGAUGUGGAGGGGAAAAUUUAGCUCCUGGUCUUCGCAACUAUGGACAGAAACAGCGUCUCUUGCACCGAUAUGAUGCUUUCUGCUUCUCAGCCUCCAUCAAGGGGACCGUGUACUAUUUAAACUAUCCAGGAAAGCUGAACUUCACCGAAGCAUCCCGUGCUUGUGCCAGAGAUGGAGGUCAGAUUGCCAGAGUGGGCCAGCUGUUUGCUGCAUGGAAGCUAAAGGGAUUGGACCGCUGUGAUGCGGGCUGGUUGGCGGAUGGAAGUGUUCGUUAUCCCAUCACAAAUCCCCGGGCCAACUGUGGUCCUCCACAGCCAGGGGUGCGUAGCUUUGGGUUCCCGGCUCCACACAUGAAAUUUGGUGUUUACUGUUACCAGUAGAUGCCGUGACUCAGAGAAUCCAGACGGACAGAAAGACAGUUUGCUUAUUUUUUUAUUUUUAAUUUUUUUUUAAACAGACAUUGCAUCUUUCAAAGAUUAUUUUAUUAGCAUUGACCCUGACUGUCGGUCAACUGUCGUGCUAAACAAUGCGCACCCAGUUUGUGAAGCCUCUCCAAUUUGAUACAACGCCGCAUGAUAGAAAGGAUGUGGACCCGCUGGAACAUUGCAGGCUGAGGUUACAGCUAAUCAUCGGAGCCCGAAGGAUAAGAAUUGUUUUGCUACUGUUCAAAACAACUAUGUGAAGAUUUCCAUCACAGCUUGAGCAACAUGAGCACACAUACUUGCUUUUAUCCUUCAUAUUAUUACCAGUCAGGGAUAGCCGUUCAGUAGGAUACUACUUACACUACUUUGCAAAAGUAUGAAGAGUCUUUGAACUGUUGUUCACAGACACAUUUUGUCACAAUACAACCAUGAACUCCUGUAAUUUGUAUGGCCUUUUUUGUGAUAGAUUGAUGUAAAGUUGUGCAUAAUAGUGAAGUUAAACAACAACUAUUAAUGUUUUGCAUUUUAUAUUUUCCAUCCAUUCAUUUUCUGACUCACUAAUCCCUCAUGGGGUUGCCAGGGGU